AACUUGCUUUAAGGACCCUAAUUUAGAGGGACGCCAGUAGUGAGCAGUUAGCCAUCUGACAGCUCAGCUAUGUCUGCACCUGUCAUGGGGAGCACCAAAAAAACAUUUAAUGAUGGGGAUCAUCACAACCACAAGAAGAAGAAGGGAGCUGGAGCUCUGGCCACCGCCUACCUGGUCAUCUACAACGUGAUCAUGACAGCUGGGUGGCUGGUCAUUGCUGUGGGUCUUGUCCGGGCUUAUCUUACUAGAGGCAGCUACCACGGACUGUACUACUCGAUAGAAAAGCCACUGAAAUUCUUCCAGACUGGAGCACUUCUUGAGAUAUUGCAUUGUGCAGUGGGCAUCGUACCUUCCUCUGUGGUCCUGACUGGGUUUCAGGUGAUGUCACGUGUGUUCCUCACAUGGGCUGUUACACACAGUGUUAGAGAAGUCCAGAGUGAAGACAGUGUGCUUCUCUUUGUGGUAGCAUGGACCAUUACGGAGAUCAUCCGCUAUUCAUUCUACACUUUCAGCCUACUCAAUCACCUGCCUUAUCUCAUUAAAUGGGCAAGAUACACCUUUUUUAUUAUACUCUACCCUAUGGGAGUGGCUGGAGAACUUCUGACCAUCUACGCUGCUCUGCCUUAUGUUCAGAAGACAGGGCUCUACUCUGUCACUUUGCCCAACAAGUAUAACUUCUCCUUUGAUUAUUAUACCUUCCUCAUUCUCACCAUGGUCUCCUACAUCCCCUUGUUCCCUCAGCUCUACUUCCACAUGUUGCGGCAGAGAAAGAAGGUCCUGGGUCAUGUGGAAGAGUACAGCAAAGUGGAAUAAACAUGCGGCCAGCGCUCCACACAACGUGGACUGACCAUACAGAGGAAAGGGGGAAGACAACCUUUUCAAUCCUUACUUGGCUGAUUUAAAAUGAGAAACUUGCUUGUCAAUAUACAGAGCCCAUCUCCCAACCCCAAGAAAAUGAAACGAGAUUAUUUCUAACAAAGCUAGCUAGGGAAUGAAUUUUGCAGUUUGUGAAUUUUAUAGAUAGUGAUAAUGAUCUGAUAUUAAUGGUUUAAUAGAAGGCAGCCAUAUUUGCUAAUACAGUUUUAAUACAGUUGGCCAGACCUUAACGAAGGAGGAAUGGAGUAGAUCUUUUUUGGCUUUCACCUUUUGAAGUAAUGACCGAAUUGAGAGCCUUUAAAUAAAUGGUGUUGAUGAAAAAGAGUGAUAACUCUACCCUGUACUGUGCCCUGUGUACUUGGAAGUAUCGGUAGAAGUCAGUAACCUGAACAGAUGACUAAAUUCUGGAUGUCUUCAUGUGCUGUCUACUUGUUUCUUCGUCCAUAGUGUCCCAUUUCUUUUUUGUGUUGUGUGACUACUAAUUUGAUGUUCUUCAUAGAUUUCCGCAGGAGUUACGCCGGAUACUGCCCGGUUGUUCAUAAUGUUUUCCCAUUUCUUUUCACUGUUAGUUGUUUUCCAAAGGUCAUGUAAAUGACUACAAGAACGGUGUUGUUUUGCUUAAUAUUGUUAUGUUGGUAAUGUAUAGCUGAAGUGAUUAUACAGGAUUGUGUACUGUGUGAUCUGUGUAUAUCCUUUCAUAACUUCUAAAAAGGUGACCUCAAGCGAGCGGUUAAAUAGCUUGCGAGUCUUGCCAGUGGGCGACUUUCCAAAGCGUUUCGAUUGAAAGAAGACACGGUUGAUGCUGGACGAGCACGUGGCAGUGGGAAACUAGCACAAUUGGAUUAGCUAGCGUCUAGUCAUGCAUUUACAAUGAGUAAAAUCUAAUGAAGCGCAGAGCAGGCCAGGAGUCCAGAGUUGCUAAGCACUUUGUUGUCUGUCUGCUCUCAUUACCGACAGCAGUGAAGUGCAAGCUCAAGCCUUGAAGAAGGGCUUGCUCAUUAGUCUUAAUAAACAACUAAUGAGCAGACUGGCCUUUCCCCACCAUUUGGGUCUGAACUUUACUUUCAAAGGUUGUAGCCUAGAAGUGCCAUCUCUGGUAGCCAGGGGGGGGUUUAUUUUCCAUUAAGAGAGAACGGUCAUACCAACUUGUCAUUGGGUAGAUAACAAACUCCUGGUGAUUUAUCACUUUGACAGUAGCCAGUUACCUCAGCUAUUGCCAUUAAUCAGCUUAAUCGGAUAACUUAACACUAAUCGGUUUGAAUUGUUCUGAUCCAGGAUGCAAUCUGGUGAUAUGGUGUUCGCUUGCUUACGGAUAUGAAGUAUUAACUGUAAAGCUCCUGGAACAAGUGAUUUUUAUCCUCUUAAAAUCCAGACGUUUCGGCAUGAGAAUCCAGAGUGCAACUUGACUUAAAGCCGCAUGAAAGGCAAAACUGCUCCUUCGCUUAAGUGGUGUAGUGUUCUCAUACCACACCAUUUAAGGAUAAUUUAUUGGACGCAUGACCUUUACAACUGUCAGGAAAUGUUCGGCUUUUGAUACAAAGGAUUUGCAUGGGACCACCAGACUUUGUAUGAUCAGUAAAAGUUAUAUAUUUACAAUAAACUCUUAAUCUGGGUAACCA